UACGAUCCUGAAGCCAAAUCAAAAUGGGAUGAAGAGUGGGAUAAAAACAAGAGUGCUUUUCCAUUCAGUGAUAAAUUAGGUGAACUGAGUGAUAAAAUUGGAAGCACAAUUGAUGACACCAUCAACAAGUUCCGGAGGAAAGAUAGAGAAGACUCUCCAGAAAGAUGCAGUGACAGUGAUGAGGAAAAGAAAGCAAGAAGAGGCAGAUCUCCCAAAGGUGAAUUCAAAGAUGAAGAGGAGACUGUGACGACAAAACAUAUCCAUAUCACACAGGCCACAGAGACCACCACAACCAGACACAAGCGCACAGCAAAUCCUUCUAAAACCAUUGAUCUCAGAGCAGCAGCACAUUACACAGGGGACAAAGCAAGUCCAGAUCAGAAUGCUUCAACUCAUACACCUCAGUCUUCACUUAAGACUUCAGUGCCUAGCAGCAAGUCAUCCGGUGACCUUGUUGAUCUGUUUGAUGGCACCAGCCAGUCGACAGGAGGAUCAGCUGAUUUAUUUGGAGGAUUUGCUGACUUUGGCUCAGCUGCUGCAUCAGGCAAUUUCCCUUCCCAAGUUACAGCAACAAGUGGGAAUGGAGACUUUGGUGACUGGAGUACCUUCAACCAAGCCCCAUCAGGCCCUGGUGCCUCCAGUGGUGAGCUCUUUGGCAGUGCCUCACAGCCAUCUGUAGAACUUCUCAGUGGCUCACAACCAGCUUUAGUCCCACCUCCAGCUGCCUCAAAUUCUUCGGACCUAUUUGAUCUUAUGGGCUCAUCCCAGGCAACCAUGACAUCUUCCCAGAGUAUGAAUUUCUCUAUGAUGAGCACUAAUACUGUAGGCCUGGGGUUGCCCAUGUCAAGAUCACAGAAUAUAGAUAUGGUCCAGAAGCCAGUCAGCAAAACCCUGCCCUCUACUUGGUCUGACCCCAGUGUAAACAUCAGCCUAGAUAACUUACUACCUGGAAUGCAGCCUUCCAAACCCCAGCAGCCAUUGCUCAAUACAAUGAUGCAACAGCCUAUGAAUGUGAUGACCCAAAGUUUUGGAGCUGUGAACCUCAGUUCUCCAUCAAAUAUAAUUCCUGUCUGGCCCCAAACUAACCCUUUGAUGGGGGGACCCAUGCCUAUGAGCAUGCCCAGUGUGAUGACUGGCACCAUGGGAAUGGCCCCUCUUGGAAAUACUCCAAUGAUGAACCAGAGCAUGAUGGGCAUGAACAUGAACAUGGGGAUGUCAACUGCUGGGAUGGGCCUCACAGGCACAAAGGGAAUGGGCAUGCCUAACUUAGCCAUGACUUCUGGAACUGUGCAACCCAAGCAAGAUGCCUUUGCAAAUUUCGCCAACUUUAGCAAAUGAGAGAUUGUAAAGGAGCAGAUUGAAUGAAGGAUUUUUAAUGUUGAAGAUAGGUGAUGUUGGGAUGGAAAAUGCUAAUCAACUCCCCUUUUAUCAAUUAAUUAAAAUAAACCUACAUAAAGAACCAAAAAGGCUGUUUUAUAAAAUGAAGUAUCUAGUAUUUCAGAUGGCCAGGCAAGGGCACUUCAGAUAAGGCAGUCAAAAUCAUUUUUCCCAGUGAGAAUAGACCACAAGUGGGGUACUGAGACCUUGAAAGCCUUUACAAAUUGAAGAGCCCAUUUUAACAUCAUGAUUUGUGGGAAGACUGGAAUAGGGCUGAAUAAAUGUGUUUGAAUCUCCAAUUUUAUACUGUUCUUUUCCUGAGGAACUUGAUUUUUCUGUCCCUGAAUCACCUUGUCAUAAUUGGGUCUGUUCCUUUUACUACCACUCUUGAGUCCAUAAAUGAAAUCAUUAAAGUUGGAUGAUCAGUUUUUUAUAAAAAUAUAUAUUUUUGUCCAAAAAAGGCAUACAUAUGUGAUUAUGGCUAAAUCAAAGGUAACUGGAAUGUAUAUACUUUUGCUAAUGUUCCAGCAACAUUGCUAUUACUAUUAUACUCUCCAAAUUUUUAUUGUAAUGAAACCUCUUCAAGCAAUUGGUGAUAGCUAUGUACUUUUCCCAUAUCUUCUGCUAUAAUUAUCCUUUGCAGAACAAGGAAAAAUAUUUUUUUUCAGGACUGCUCUAUGGUUUCCUUUAAAAGAAAAAAAAAACCCUCCAGUAUUUUUGUUUGGUUUUUGCAGUCAUUAUUUACGAUUUGCAGUGGUUAACUUGGCAAGGCUUCCUUCCGUGUUUAUCCCUGUAGCCACCACUUAUCAGUCAGGAACAGUCAAAAGAGAAAAAUAUUUAUUUUUAUUUUUUUGGUGUCUUUUCAAAAAAUUGAAAAGGUAAAAAUUCAUUAAAACUUUAAGUUAAAUAUAAAUGUUAGAACUCAACAAUGUUGGCUUUUAGAUUUUAUACAGUAUUCAUUUUCUUUUGGUUUUGAGUGUAUAUAAUAUGGCAUUAGCAAUAUGGUUCCAAUAGGGAGGAGUUAUAUAUUAAAGGAGACCUGUAGCAGUCAAAGAUUUUAGUGAUUUAAUGGCAAAUAAAGGAAAUUAAUUAAAAUGUUUUCGUUUUCCUGCUGUAAUUCUGCAUUAAGCUCACAUGAAAAUCAUGAUUCUAGAGUUUGGAAUGCAAAAUUGUUUUACCCUCAAGCUGGGAAUAUUUUUAAAAAUAAAUACUAUAAUAUAGGUAUCAAACUAUUACUUCCCCACUUUGUGUUGAAAUUUUUUUUAUUAAAUUGACAAAACUUUGUUUCCACUGUAUUCAUAAUGUUCUGUUAUAUUAACAUUAAAAUGUUCAUUAAAAUAAAAAAAUACAUUGAUAACA